GUUUAAACUCUCUUAUUAUUAGUAUAAGAAAAUAACUCAAAACUUAAGUUCUCAUUCUCUAAACUCUUAUUAGCUAUGUUACAUUUCGAUAUCUUCUUAUAUAGUGUCUGAUAACUCGUAAUCCUAUUAAUUAACAUAUCUAGAUAACUCCUAAACAUAUUAUAAAUUCUAAUUUCUAAUUUCAAAAGGAUUAAGUUUUAUUUUCUUUUAUGCUUAAUCCAAGUCUUGGCAUUCUAUGAGUAGGUUCGACGUAGAUGAACUCUCUUCAGUUUUCAGCAGCGGUCACACACACACACACAAAAUGUACUUAAAACUCAAAGGAUCAGGUCACAAAUACGUGCAAACCAUUUUGUCUGUCUCCAUCAAACAUCGUAAAGUUGAAAAAUCAAAUAUUUUCUUUUUCCUUAAAUCCUCAUUCUAUUACAAGAUCCUCGCAUCUAUACACACACAUGAAUCAUGAUAGUAACCACAUGUCAAAAUCAUAAGACAGAGACAGGACCUAUAAACAUGUAAGUCACUACUAUCACCACGCGGCCCUGGACGUGCUUCCCACUUUCUUUAAUUUUUUUUUAUUCUACUACUUAUAAUAUCUAUCCUCUGCAUAUAUUUUCACUUCAAAUUACAAAAUCUAUCUCUCAAAAAAUCAAAAUUUAGGUAUGCCUCCUCCGGCAAUGCUUGCAUUUGAUGAUGGCUCAGAUAACGAGUGGAAGGGUUUCACAGUUUUCCCUGAAGAAAACCCUUGCCGUAACCCUAACUAUAAUCUUAAUUUCUUGGUGAAGAAGGCAAUUCUAGAGGGUGAGAAAACAACGGGUCCUAUUUUCUCCCGUCCUUCGGAAAGAGAAGACAGCUUCAGAAUGGUAUUACCUCCAGCCAUGCCUCCGCCUAGAGACUCAGCCGUACCGCUUCCUAUGCUCCCUGAGCCGAUGAGGAUCCGGAAGAAACUUAGCCCCCAAGAAUCAUCCCAUUUUACGAGGAAGUCUCGUUACUCGGACAAAACCUUCUACAAGGAAGAAGAUUUCAAAUGUAACGCCUUCUGUUUGUCUCUACCUGGCUUCGGGAAACAAAAGUCGAAACGCCAAGAUUCGAUGGAGAAGAAGAUGAUCAGUACAUCUUCUUUCACUAACUCCACUGUUUCAACACGCUCCUCGGUCGAGAUAUUCGAAUGCGGUUCCUGGGCCUCGACGACAGCCCUGAUGCAAGAUAACGGAGGAAGAUAUGUGCAAGAACUGGUGACUUCACGGUCGUCAAUAAGAGAUUACCAGAGAUCGGCUGAGACUUCACCGCAACGCCGUGUGAGAUUUUCCACACCUUCUUCGGCUUCGGUUUCUUGCCCUACUUCGCCGCGGUCUUGUAUCACCCCACGAUUGCGUAAGGCUAGGGAUGACUUUAAUGCCUUCUUAUCCGCUCAAGACGCUUGAAUAAGCAAGAAAAAAAAGACACCAAGACUUUUUUUAAUGGAAGUAUGUUGUGUGUAUGAUUUAUGUGUAUUAAUCUGAGAUUAUCUUCAUGUUUGUUUCAUAUUCUGUUUUGUUCUUGGCUAACAAAGAGAAAAACAAAGGAACUAUUUGUGCAUAAAUCUUAUGAGAAGAGAGGGACAGAAGUAGGUAGAGAAGUGAUUUUUUUGCUUACAUUACACAACAUUGGUAAAUAUUAAUACAGAAAACAGAACACUAAUCUUUGUCCUUUCCAUACCAUAACUACAUAUUAAUACAGAAACAGAACACUAAUCUUUGUUUUCUCCAUACCAUAACCGUACUUUUGAACUACAAAAUAAGUACCCAUAUAUCAACUCUACGCUUAGACUAAUACAAGAAGCAACUGAAAGUGCAAGAUGGGUACUCUGUAUUAUUAUGUCACCAAGUAUUAUAACAGAAUAAUAAAGAAGGUUUUUCUUAACAAAGAAAAAGUGUAUUACUAACUCCCUUUCAAGUUAACUUACAUGUCACACUCAAAGAAAGACUCUAGCCUGACACAUUCAAAGAUCUAUUCACAAUCCAAGAACCUCUCAUGACCCAUAGCCCUUAUAUUUUGUGUUCACAUACAUUAAACCCCAAAACCUUAUGCUUUUAUCUUUCUUUUGAAGUGGUACCUAACAAAGUGCAUGCCUCUCUCUAUUUAUAUUCAGUAGAGUUUGUGGUUCACCACCCUAGCCAACUUUCCAACGAAAAAAUAUUCCCAAAUUUUUCUUGUAGAAUAUUUUUAAAUCUUGUUCAAAGCUUUUUGGAAUUCAUCCCUUGAUGAAUUUUUUUCAUCAAUGUAACUCUUUGGUUGUUUGGCUUCAAAGUAACCUCUAGUUCAACUUUUGGCCAACUCAAAUUCUAAUUUUCAAGUCAGCUACAUAGCUUCGGUUCAUGUAACACUUCUUAUACUACUUCAUAUAGUACUUUGGGAUUGGUACAUAAAUAUCUUAAAGAGUUGUUUUCCUUAAGUUUUUAAAACUCAAUAUUCAUUGCACUAACAUCAACAGUAAGUUCCCACCACUCCUUUGACUUUGUUGCUGUACUUAAUUGCCACAUUGCUUUUUGAUUAUUGGGUUGAAAACAAUGGCGCAUCAUUCAACACUCUCUCUGUUGUUGUUUUGUUGCUCAAACCAACUUGAUCACAAAAUCUCCUCCCAAUACCUUGGAAAUGUAUAGAGAAGGAGAAACCACCAUUUGACAAGAGUGAUUUGAGAAGAAGAAGAGAUUUUUUUUAUCAUCAGUUGGAUCAACAAGGCUAGUCCAUAGCAACUUUACAACGUAGGGGAACACGACGGCAGAGAUGAAUGAACAUCUAACAACUUUACUAAAGACACUUGUACAAAAGAUUUCUGUUUAAAUCGAAAAACAUGAAGUAAGGAAAAGUUCGAGCUUUGAUGAUUUUCUCUCUCGACCUCUCCCUCUUACCAAUACAAGAUCAUUCAGAGGGAAGGUUUCGAGAUUAGCUCCUAUGUUUUGUUGUAAUAUAUUCGAUCCAAGGAUCGAUUUUUUUUGUUUUCCGUCAGCGGAUCUAAAUUUCGCGUAAGCGAUUUUUGUGGUGAUUUCAACCCUAAACUGAUCCGUUCUUCAUCUUCUCUUCUUUUAUCAGUUUUGUGGUUGAACUUUAAUAAAUUCGCGUUGGCGAUAUGUGUUUUCUUCCAUCUUCUCUUUCGCAAUAAAUUGUUACAUCCUGUUUGCUUGUGUUGGAUGCUCUGUUUCUCCAGGGAUAUGCACUUAAUCCUUUGUUGCGAGAGUCAAUCUUUACUCUCUUUGUGAGGCUGAUUAGCUUAAAUUAAAGUGUCUUUGCAUAGAGGAAGCUGUGGAUUUGGGUUGAUAUCGAUUGGCUUAAGCAAAGAUUUAGUAGAGUCAGCAUCUUCUAUAGAAGAUGGUCUGGCAAAAAAUCUUUUGUUGGCUUUUCGAUCUACCUCUGUGUUAUCAUCUACGGUGGAUGGGGCUUUCCAAAAACAAGCAAAGGCUGGAGCGAAAGUCGAAGACAAGAGGUCUUGCCGUUUACAUGAGGAGAGAUCCAUGAAUCUUACGUUGUUGAGAAGCAAACGAUGGAGGUUCGAUUCAGAACAUUCCCGGCGGCGAAGAACUACGGCGGUUGUGUUCACCGUCUCGCAUGAUAGACACGUAUCAGCACGUGUCUCGUGCUUCUUCAUAAACCGACACGUGGAUGGACAGCAAGCAUUAACCGAUCCUCAUCUUGGGCCUUAAGCUGUUAGGCUUCUUUAUGUAUUUCAUGUUUAUUGGAUCUCAAUGUAACGUAGAAGCCUUGUAAACUAGCCCACUAGGCUAAAUGAACGGAAAAACGUUGACAAAAAAA